UGCGCUACGGGGAGGGGAGGAGCGAGCGGGCGGGAGCGCGCGCGGGUCCCGCCUCGGCCGCUGCUGCCGCGGCUGCCCGGGAGUCUAUCGGGGCGGCGGCGGGCGGCCCCGGCUAGCGGCCGCGAGCCACACUUCUGCAGCUGCCGAGGGGAGCGAAGUUGCCGGCUCGCGAGUCGUCCCCCUCUCCGCCCCCCAGCAGGGGCGAGAGGGAGCCGCAGUCCCCGUCAGGAAUGAUAGAUGGUACAGCAGUGGAAAAUUCAACUGAACUUAUACUCUUCUGAGACUGAUGUGAUUGUAUCUAGUAUUAAGAUAUACAUUUUCGGGAAAUGGCCUCUAAACCUUGGCUGAAUAUUUUAACAUUCCUCUGUGGAUCUGCAAUUGGAUUUGUUUUAUGUUCUCAGCUAUUUGGUAUCAUGUUAGGACAACAGGAGGAUACCCAGCCUAUUCUUUAUAAUGAUCCUCAUGCAGGACAUUCUGAUGAUGUGGGUCAGAACCAUCUAAAAGGACAGAUGAACUUCAAUGCAGAUGCUAGCGAACAUAAAGAUGAAAACACAGUUGUUGCUGAGCACCUCUAUCAGAAGGUUAAAAUUCUUUGCUGGGUUAUGACAGGACCUCAAAAUUUAGAGAAAAAGGCCAAACACGUCAAAGCUACUUGGGCCCAGCGUUGUAAUAAAGUGUUGUUUAUGAGUUCAGAAGAAAAUAAAGACUUCCCUGCUGUGGGAUUAAAAACCAAAGAAGGCAGAGAUCAACUAUAUUGGAAAACAAUUAAAGCUUUUCAAUAUGUUCAUGAUCAUUAUUUAGAAGAUGCUGAUUGGUUUAUGAAAGCAGAUGAUGAUACAUACGUUAUACUAGACAAUUUGAGAUGGCUUCUCUCAAAAUACAGCCCUGAACAACCCAUUUACUUUGGGAGAAGAUUUAAACCCUUUGUAAAGCAGGGCUAUAUGAGUGGAGGAGCAGGAUAUGUACUGAGCAAAGAAGCCUUGAAAAGAUUUGUUAAUGCAUUUAAAACAGAGAAAUGCACACAUAGCUCCUCCAUUGAAGAUUUAGCACUGGGGAAAUGCAUGGAAAUUAUAAAUGUGGAAGCAGGAGAUUCCAGAGAUACCACUGGAAAAGAAACAUUUCAUCCCUUUGUACCAGAACACCAUUUAAUCAAGGGUUAUCUGCCUAGAACCUUUUGGUACUGGAAUUACAACUUUUAUCCUCCUGUAGAGGGUCCUGGUUGCUGUUCUGAUCUUGCAGUUUCUUUUCACUAUGUGGAUUCUACAACUAUGUAUGAGUUAGAAUACCUCGUAUAUCAUCUUCGUCCAUAUGGUUAUUUAUACAGAUAUCAACCUGCCUUACCUGAGAGUAAUGUAAAAGAUACUAUGUCAGGUGUACAAAAAUGAAAAUCUAAAAGUAAUAUUGGGAAAAACAUAAAUGAGCAAUGGUGAAAUCCUUGGCAUUGUGCUGAAGAACUUGUUGAACACUGGAAUCCCAGUGAGGAAUUCCUUGUAAUUGAAGAUUCUAUAUUACACAUCUUGCAUAUGAAUGACUGUAAACUGAAGCUUUAAGUAAGCUGUGAAGUUUGUUAAAAUGUGUUUUCAUAUCAUUUACACACAGACACACACGCACAUGUGUAUAUGUAUGUAACUUGUCUUUUUAAAAUGAUGGUCACACAGAGGAACUGGAAAAGAGUUUGUUGCCUCUUCCUGACCACAUGUGUUAUUUUCAUUGAGAAACUGAAACAUUCAAAUUGGCUAAAACUACACUGAACCGUAUUAGUAACACACAUGAUGCUAAAUGGAUCUGCCUUAAAAUUUAGAAGGAAAUACUGUUGUUCAGUGUUACUUAUAAACUCAAGAUAUGAGUUAAUAUUCAGUAUGAUAAAAUGAAUUAUCUAUACAUAUACUCAAACACAUACACACAGUUUUGUGUAAUGAAAACUUUGCUGACAAUAAUUGGCAGUAUUCCUUUCAAAAGAAGGUAAAAUAAGAAUGGCACUUAUCCUCAAGUUCAUUAAAAAAACACAUUUGAAAAUUAUUGUGGGCUGCCUUGACUGUAUUAUAUACUUGGUUCUAAUUAAUCAUCUUUUGCCAAGUCCCUCUUGUCUCUCUUCUAAAUAUGUUUAGCCACACUCUAAUAUUAUUCUCAACUGUUUACUCAGAGCAUCAAUAGCAUUCUAUAAACAUGCAUUUUAAAAUCUUCUGUUCCCAAAUUUACCCAUUUUGCAUUUGGGUAAUAGUAAACUUAGAUUUGGGAGCAUGCUUUUCUUUUUCUGCUUGCUUGAUUUGGGGCCACACUCGGCGGUGCUCAGAGCCUACUCCCUGCUGGUACUUGGAGGUGGCUCCUGGUGGUGCUCUGGGGACCAUGCAGUGCCCGGGAUUAAAUCUGGCAUUCCACAUGCUUUGCAUGUGCUCAGUCCGUGAGCUAGCUCUGUGGCCUGAAGAUGCUUUUCGUAACAUCACAGUGCCACUCUCAGGAAUUACUGACAUUUAUAAUUGGUUAUUUAAAACUUCUUCCAGAUAUAUAAUUACAGUUCCUUUCAAUUCUCACCCAGAUAGAUGAGAACAUGUUUGUGCCUUUCAUAACUUGUUUAAAACUGUUUUAAAAUUCAUUUUUACAAUGUGAGGUGGCUGUUACUCUGACAAAAUAAUUUGAAUGCAAUAUGUUGACCAGAGUUAAUUAAAAACAUUAAAAAAUACUUUAGUGCUUACAGAAACUGAAAUAAAUGUCAGAUAUUGAAGAACUAAAUAUUUAAUUUAUUAAUAAUACCCAGAACUUUGAUGCUGACUUGCAAUUUGAUGUUCAUUGUUUUGCCAGUGAGUAAUUCUGGUUGAGCAGAGUGCCCUUUCCAAACUGUCACCAAAAUAAUUUCUGUAAAUGUUUAAUUUUAGUGAUUCUCAAAGAGUUUCUAGAAGAAAAGAAAAUUUAAAAUUUUUGCUAUGUUGGCUGUAUUUGCUCAGUUAUCUAAGAAUACAAUUACAAGAUUAUUUUUUGUUACAAAUGACUUACAUUUCUCUGUGUUCAUCAUACUGUAAGAUGCCUGUUAUUCCAUUGACCUGGCCACUUAAGUAGCUUCUGUUUACUGUGCCAGUUCAUGUCAAAACUAUGACCUCUUUGGAUGGUAUUUGAAAUGUAGUUCAUUUUAGUGGCUAGUUGUAGAUUCCACAUAGUGAGAGCCAACACCAGUUUUUUUUUAUCUGUUAAAAAAUUUUUUUCAUUAUUUUCUUGGUGUUGACCAGCCAAAAUUUCAUGACAUUCUAUAAAUAGCUCUUCAUCUUGGUGUGGAUAUUAAUUUAUGGACAGUCGCUGUAUAUUUAUUCCUGCUUUUUUGUUCUAAAAAUGUAAAUGCAUUUGCCAUAAGUGUUGAAAAAAAAACUUAGAGUUGAUUCAGAGGCAAUUAGCGUUGUGAUGAAUCUUGGGCUCUGGAGCUAGGCUACUUGGGUUUCAAUUCUUGCUUUAUCACUUAACUAGUUUUAUGACCUUUAGCAAUUUACUUUAUCUCUCAGUGCCUCAAUUUCCUCAUCUGUAUAUUAGGAAUAAUAAUACUACCUACCUCACAAGAUUAUUAGAAGGAUGAAAUGAGUUAAAAAAAAAAUAUAUAUAUAUAUAUGUGUGUGUAUAUGUGUGUGUGUAUACAGCUUUUAGAACACUGGCCCAAAUGAUGGAGCAAUAACUGUAAAGUUUUGUCAUUAUUCUGUUACCUUGAGUGUAAAUAUUUGAUUAAAAUGAAUGAAAAAUGUACUUUAAUAAAAUCAUAAUGAAGGUACUAUUUCUUAACUAACUCAUAUUAGCUAGUUUUUAUCUAGUGCCUACUUGUUUGCCAGAUACUCUGUUUAUUCUGUGGACAUUAGUAUUAAUCUUACAAAUUGGAUGUUGUGCCCAUGUUAUAGAUGGGAAAAUUGAGGCACAGAGAAUUAAAGUAACUUUUCACUGUGACAGAGCUGUUAAGUAACAUAGGUAGGAAUUUUAUUCAUAACCUUUAUAUUCUUUGUGUCAAUUUUGAGGCUAGUCAUUUAGCAUUAUUUCUGUGUUGAUAUAUGUGAUAAGUGUCAUUUAUUUCCUUGGCCAGUACCAGUCAUGUUAUCCUGCCAAAUUGUUAACAGUGGUUCUCAAUUGUGGUACACUCUUGCUGGAAGCAUGUUAAAAUGAAGAUCUAAAAACUGCACACCCCCCCAAUCUGAUUCUGGUGUGGCAAAGAAAUAUGAUGCAUUGUUACUUGCUGUCCAGUAUAUCUAGUACUAAUUGUUACCACUUGAACUGUGGUUCUCAAGGUGUGGUCUCAACAAGCAGAAUCAGUAUCACUUGUUGGAACUGCAAAUUUUAUUGGCCCCACCUAGACUAAUCCAAAAGGUGGUGUAGGGGGCAGUGUGUCUAAAUUAGAACAUAAUGUGAGAUUUAUUCGUGCUCAUUUGAAAAUUGCCCUCAGAUCCAGGUGAUUCUAUUGCUAAAAGUUCUUGAAACUUGAGAAUUACUGCCCCUUCAAAGAUUUAGAGAAAGCAUGUUUUAAAUCAAUAUAGUCCAACAUCAUUCAAUAUUAAUGUAAAAAGACUUUAAAGAUCACUUAGAAGGUCAGUGGAUCAUUUAUAUUUGCAGACUUCUUUAGCUUUUCAGAGUGGCUAGGGUUAACAGAAAUUUUCUUCUCAAAAUUUAGUAGUUGAUUUCACAUUAGGUCAGGAAGGUUCUUUUACAUUCUAGUAAUAGUAAUUCAUAAAAUCAUACCUAAAUGAAUUACAUCAAAAUUGACCACAGUUGUUAAUAAAAACAAAUUUUAAGAUUUAACAAAAUACUAUUUUAUAAUAUACAGAAUGUUUUCUGCUAAUUCACACUACUGAAGUUUCAUCAUUUUCAUAAUUCAUUUGACUGUUCUAUAUGAUGUAAUAAAGCAGAAAUUUCUUCAAAUAUUUGUAGAGCACAUUAAACCAGAUUUCAUGAUGACACGGACCUACUGUCUUUUAAAAUAAGAUCUUAGUCAUUAGGAUAAAUGACUUCUACUGUGGUCUCAAAACUAAAGGCUUUUGCUGUCAUGUUCUCCAUUAACAUUAUACUUGUAUUUUUAAGGGAAAGUUCAUAGACAAUACAAAGUGGAUUUUUGACUCAGAGUUCAAUAUUUUUUCUAAAUAUUAAAUUUCAAGGGAGUAUGUUGCAUUAAGAACAUAUGAAAAUAAAUCACCUUUUUAAAAAUAUUUUUAAUUAUGAUAAUUGAAUCAGCAUGAAAUUUGCUAACUGGUUAUUUUUGUGUUUCUUAAGUACUUUUUACUUCCUUGAUCCUAUCAAAUUAUAUUAGUACCAGACUGAAGCUUAAAAUUUCUCAGUGAUUUUGUUGUCUGUCUUUUCAUUCUUUAUUCAGAUUUUCUGUUUGAUUAUUCUUUGAUAAUUUUUGCUUCUUUGUAUUUAUUGCCCUUUAUUUCCUUGAUAAUUCCAUUUUUUUAAUUAUUCUUAAGACUGCUUUAAAAAGGUUAAUUUGGAUGUUAUCAGUAAAUAGAAUUUGUUUCACUUACUGAUUAUUUUAUACCUAUUAAAUUUUUAUUUUCCCCUUGGUUUUUUUCUUUGAAAUUGAAAGUAGUAAAUUAAGAAUAGGGGCUGGAGCCUUGCACUCGGCUGACCCGGGUUCAAUUCCCAGCAUCCCAUAUGGUCCCCUGAGCACCGCCAGGAGUAAUUCCUAGUGCACAGUAAUUCCUGUGCAGAGCCAGGUGUGACCCAAAAAGAAAAAAAAAAAAGAAUAAUGCUUGCUAGUUGUCAGGAUGUUUGCCCUACUUAAUCUUUUGUUUUAAGCUAAUUUUAGAUAGUUGUUGAAUGAAGGAAAAAGUAUUUGGAUUCCACAAAUUACCCCAUCCACCUAAUAUAUACUUAUUCUCUUUAUAAACAACCCAGCACCCCACCUCCAAGCCCUCAAAUACACCUCAUUUGGCUCAUUUUUCUUUAGAAUAGACUUGACAGAAAUAUAUUUAAAUCUGGUGACAACCUGUGGUUUAUUUUAUGUUAAAUAUAAUUUAAUUGAUUGAAAACAGAUGACAUUUUUCUAUACUAGAGUUGAAAUAGAAAUUUUAAUAAGGUUAGAAUAAAAAAAUUACAAAUUCUCUAUAGAGAAAUCAACUACAAAAAUUUUAGCAUUUAAUAGUGCCUCUAUUUCAACUCCUUCACCUCUCUAGUUUUCAGUUAAGUUUAAAUAACUUUGCAGAGUCCUGCAAAUUAAUAAUUCAUAGAAUAUUAUUAGAGGGAAACUAAUCUUACUGCUAAGCAGUGUGUUAUAUUGCACAGUGAAUGUUUGGGAAUUUAAAAUUUAUAUAAGAUAUAGUAUGAGUGUUUUAAAAAUGUUUGGUGACUUGCUUAUCUUAAGUGAUCACCAAUAAGUCAGAAAAAAUGUAUUUUCAAAUGUUCUUUAAAGUGCCUUUUGAACAUUUUAUUAAAUGAUGGACUUUUUUAACAACUGCAUAAAAUAAAUUACCAUGUUUAAAGUUGUUUUAUCUGAUUAUUUUCUCAGCUGUUAAAAAAAUUGUAGGUGAAAUAUUGUCUUUUAUGAGUAGAUUUGAGUGGUUUUACCAAAAGUGUUCAAUUUUUAAUCACUGUUCUUCAGUUUGAUUAGGCUUAAUUUUUACUGAUAGAUGUAUAUAUGUAAUUUUUAAGCAACGAAGUAUUUCAUUUCUGAUUUUGAAUAGUGUAUCUUCAAGAAAUUAUAAACACCUAUACUACAGAUUUGGGGUGUGUGUGUGCACUCAGGUGUGUGUGUAUGUGUGUGUAGUGGAGAGAUGGGUAGAUUGUCAUGUCCACUAAGGAAUUUAUUCAACAUAUAAUGGUAUCUAGCAUCUACUAGAAAUACAGUGAUGAGCAAGACAUUCAGAAUCCCUGUUCUUAUACAACCUUAAUUUUUUAUUUAUGAAGUUCUUUACUCCAACUAUGUUUUUAUCUUUGCUUUCCCAUGCUUUAGGAAUAUAUGAAGGUCCAUUAAAAUAUAAACUUCAGGCCAAAAGUUUGCUUUCACACAAAUAUAAUCCAGAUUUCAGGUCCACUGAUAGUAAAUCGAGGGCCUUCAGAAUAUGAAUAAAACCUCACCCUACCUCUUCCUGGGUAAACAGUUACAAAAACCCUUGAAUCUAGCCUGUCCCUCUCAAUUUUCAGUACUGAGACAAUAUUGCUGUCCUGUAUGUCCCCCCGCCACUUAUUGUGUAUGUUCACAUGUGUAUAUAGUAGUAAUAUCUAGCUGCUUUAAAAGAAAGCUGAGGAUGUAAGUGCCACUUCAUAUUGCUCUAAUAGCAGGGAUGCUUGAUUUUUUUUUCACCCAAUUUAUUCAGACAUCUUGUUUUAAUUGUACUUAGUUGGGCUUUUAUUGAUAAAGGAUUGUAGAUGAUUUACCUAAACACCUACAGACUUACUAUCUAUUUUAAGUUUUCCAGACACAGUUCUAGAGAAGAUGUAAUACUGCUAAAUUUAUGUUUUUGCUAAACAGGUGUCUAGGGCCAGAUAGUACAGUAGGUAGGGCACUUGCCUUGAUACCCAGCAUCUUUUAAGGUCCCCUGAGCCCUGCCAGGAGUGAUUGCUUUGUGCAGAACCAGGAGUAAGCCCUGAAUACAGCCAGGUGUGGCAAGAUAAGUAAAAAACCAGAAGAGCUCUACCUCAAACAUAUUUUACUAAAUAUCUAGCCAUAUAUAUGUUGUACAAAUAGAUAUUACUUUAGUACUGAUUAACAUUUUAGCAACUAAAGUUAACUGAACCCAACACCAUUGAUACUCUUUAGAUGUCUAAGUAAUAGUAAAAUAUAGAAGUGAACUUUGUUUUUCCAUGAAUUUGAGUGGUUGUGAAUUUAGUGUUGUUACCUAGAAAUUUAACUACUAUAAAUGUCUUAUGGCUAUCUUCAUGUGAUAUCAUUUCUUCUGCAAAAAAUCCCUGCUAGUUAUUUAUGCAAUGUUUCUCAUUUUGUUAUUAUAUUUCUAUUUUUCCAAGACUGAAAAUUUAUCCAGAGCAUUUGUUUACUUUCUUGGCUUAUAUAAUGCUUUUGCACGGUAAAAUUGAGUACAGUUGCUUAUUUUGCAAUAAGUACUUAGCCAUUUUUUUAGAUUCAGUAUGAAUUUUUGGCUAUUUCAAUGGUUUUCUAAUGAUUUUCUCAUCAAAGGUUAUUACUGACUUAUUUGUAGAACUACAUGAUGUACCAUCUAUAAAACUAAAAUGAAUACCAAGUAUUAGCCUUAACUAAUCAGGUAUUGACUUUCAUCAGCUUUAAAUUAUUUUUUGUUGUUGUUAGAAUUCACU